UAUUACACAUCAGUAGCAGCACAGGCUCCCAGAUCAAAGCUGUAUUUUGGUUUUAUUCCGAACUUUUUCAGCUGUAGGUUGUGCUUAAAUGGCGAGUUUCACAAGACUUGGUGUUCUUUGUCGACAUAUUAUUCCACAGAAAGGCACAAACAGGGUUCCUUGUGUCGUUAAUACUGUACUGCAACGCCAAAAUGUAUCUUCGACCGCAGGAACAGAGGACACCGUUCUGACAGAGAAACGAGGAAAUAUAUUGUUAAUUGGAUUGAACCGACCGGAGAAUCGCAAUGCGGUGAACCGCGAGACAGCACUGCGUCUGCGUCUCACAUUUGAAAACUUCAACAAAGACACAGACUUGAGUGUCGCUGUGUUCUAUGGAGUGGGUGGAACAUUUUGCGCCGGCUUUGACCUCAAGGAACUGUCUUCUUAUGCUCAGUACAACCUGAAGGAACUCAACCUGGAUCCAUUUGGACCCAUGGGUCCUAGUAAGAUGCAGAUUACCAAGCCAGUGAUAGCGGCCGUCAGCGGCUACGCCGUGGCCGGGGGUCUGGAACUUGCCCUUAUGUGUGACAUGAGGGUCGCCGAGAAGAGCGCCACGUUCGGAGUCUUCUGCAGGAGAUUUGGUGUUCCCCUGAUUGACGGUGGCACGGUCCGCCUGCCCAGGCUGAUCGGCCUCUCGAGGGCGCUAGACAUGAUCCUGACUGGACGGCCCGUCAACGCAGAGGAGGCCCACAGCUUUGGGCUUGUCAAUAGAGUGGUGCCCGACGGCCAGGCCCUUGAGCAGGCCAUCAGUCUUGCCAGGCAGAUAGCCAGUUUUCCUCAGGGCUGCAUGCAGGCUGACAGGCAGUCAGCGUACUACAGCACCUAUGACAGCAAGAGCUUUGACGACGCCGUGAACUACGAGUUUAAAACAGGUUCGGAAGUCCUGAGCGCUGAGUCCGUGCCGGGGGCAACCAGAUUUGCCGAGGGGCAGGGCAGAGGUGGGACUUUUGAAACUUAGGAGCGAGCAACAACCACCUUCCACAUAGCAAUGAAAUAUUAAACUUAUUAACCCAACCUAUCCACAACCUUCAAAAUCUGCGAAGAGGUUUUAGAGGAGUUUGUAGGAUUUGGGAAGGUAGGGUUCAACUGCUAUUUCUUUAUAUCGACUAUAUUCCCAUCGGUAUCAAAAACAAAACAAAAAAUCAAAGAAACCACAAAUGGAGACUUACUAGGUGCAUUAUGAUAAUUUUGAAGUGGAACAAGAAAUUGGCAGGAAAGGGUUUGAACCUGCGGCCUCCGGAUUGCCGCUCCGGUGCUCUACCAACUGAGCUAUCACAUAUGUUGGUAGAUCCCCUGUUUAUCAGUGUCUUUGUUCAAGGGGCGUUAUAAUAAUUUGAAGUGGAAGAAGAAGGAAUUGGCAGGAGUCUGGUUUGAACCUGCAACCUCCGGAUUGCCGCUCCGGUGCGCUACCAACUGAGCUAUCACAUAUGUUGGUAGAUCCCGUUUAUCAGUGUCUUUGUUCAAGGGGCGCUAGUCACCAUAAACCUGUAUAUGCCAUGCAGCCAG